GGCCAACCCGCGAGCCAUUGCGGCGCCCUGUGCGCAGCCAACAGAGCCUCGCCUCGCCAAAGCCAAAGCCGGGCCGGGCGCGCUGCUGCCCUUCUCCUCCCCCCCGAGCAAGGAAGGCAAAAGGCGAGGAGGCUCCCGCAACACCGGCCCGGGCCAAAGUUUGGGCUGGAUGCCACGGCGGGGAAGGCGCCGUUGGGCAAAAGUUGCCGGCGGGGCGCGCAGCAGAAGCCCCGGGGCGCCUCCUCGGCCCGUUGCGCGCCGGGGCCGAUGAGAGCCCCGCAGCCGGUUCUGCCUCGCUCGGCGGCGGCGGCGGCGGUCCCAGGUCCUGGCGGCUCCUCCCCGCGAUCCUUCUGAGCCUCCUUUCUUCCUCCUUUCCUUUCUUCCUCCUCCUCCUCCUCCUCCGGCGCGCCAUGGAGUUCUCGGCCAGGAAGCGCAGCAGAAAAUCUCAGAGCUUCAAACUCAUCCAUGCAGAUUAUCAUCCGGAGGUUUACAAGAUCCCAGAUUACAGCAACGAUGUGAACGGCAAUGCCAAAGAAAUACAAACACUUUAUUUAGGUGAUGAAAGCCCGGAGAUUAAAAAACAGAUUACGGGGAUGAGGAGAUUGCUGAACGACAGCGUGGGACGGAUCUACCAGCGAGUUGGGAAAGAAGGGGAAAAGUUGAAGGAAGAAGUCCAGGAUUUGGACCUGGCCUGGACUCCGCGGCUGAACCCUCCUGCGGACACCCCUGGCCACCUCCAGCCAUUGCAGAGCAGCUCCUGGAACGAAUUGCCUCCCCAGACCGGACACUAUUCAGGGCAGUACGGCACCCGCUCCAAAACCUCUUUCCAGAACCAGGCCAGAACCCUGGGGACAAACGGUACGAGAUAUAGAUUUAAGUUUUUCUACCUGUAUGUUCUGACCUAGGCUUCCUUAAGGAGC